AGCUGGACUUGCGAUGCUGCGAGGGACAGGGUGCAGAGCCGCAGUGCCGUAGCGGGUAGCAGAGGCAGCCUCCCUUUCCAGCAGCGGAGGCGGAAGACCCUGGGGCGCCAACCUUGGUGGCUGCCUGAUGUCUCCGCCCCAGAGAGGGCUGCACCGGGAGAACGCCCGGGCGCCCGCUUCGGUCCCCUUCUAUCUCUCGGUUCCUCUUUCCUCCCAAGUAAGGGAAUAAGCGGCUAGGAGGGAGCGCCCCCGGCAAGCGCGCAACCAAGUGUUGCAUGGUGAGGAAUUGCCAGCAUUUCAGGAUUGGCCUGGACCGCAGCAGGAAUGUUACCUGAGGAGUAGUGGAAGCCCUUCGACAGCUGCCAAGAGGUGUGGCCCUGAGCUGGGCCCCCGGCUUCUCGCUGGUGACCAGAACUCCAUCUGUGUCUCAAGGCAAUCACCCUUGGCUGAAAGAUGAGUGAAGGACAAUGGGUCUCUCUCUCAUCAGAAGAAUUUGAUCAGCUCCAGAAAUACUCUGAAUAUUCCUCCAAAAAGAUAAAAGAUGUAUUGGCUGAGUUUAAUGAAGGUGGAAGCCUCAAGCAGUAUGACCCACACAAGCCCAUUAGCUAUGAUGUCUUCAAGCUGUUCAUGAGGGCGUACCUGGAGGUGGACCUUCCUCAGCCACUGAGCACACACCUCUUCCUGGCCUUCAGCCAGAAGCCCAGACAAGAGACACCUGACCACCCAAAGGAGGGGGCCAGCAGUAGUGAGCCCAAUGUCUCAGAUUAUAAUUCGGAUAAUGCUGCCAAAGCAGAUGAGGCCUGCGCUCCAGACACUGAAUUGAAAACAACUAAGACACAAGCGCCAUCGAAAGAACUAGAGGCUGCAGCCCCAUGGGAAGACCAAGAUGCUCUGGCUGCCAGCACAGGUGCUCCCAUCGUGUACCUGAAGGACGUCGUGUGUUACUUGUCCCUGAUGGAGACCGGGAGACCUCAGGAUAAGCUAGAAUUCAUGUUUCGUCUCUAUGAUUUGGAUGAAAAUGGACUCCUGGACCAAGCGGAGAUGGAUCAGAUUGUGAGCCAAAUGCUGCACGUUGCCCAGUACCUGGAGUGGGAUCCCACGGAGCUCAGACCUAUACUGAUGGAGAUGCUGCAAGGCAUGGACUACGACAAGGAUGGCUUCGUGUCUCUACAGGAGUGGAUCAACGGGGGGAUGACCACCAUCCCUUUGCUGGUCCUCCUGGGAAUGGAUGACUCUGGCUCCAAGGGCGAUGGGAGGCAUGCCUGGACCCUGAAGCACUUCAAGAAGCCCACUUACUGCAACUUCUGCCACAUCAUGCUGAUGGGUGUUCGGAAGCAAGGCCUGUGCUGCAUCUACUGUAAAUAUACUGUCCACCAACGCUGUGUAUCCAAAACCAUUCCUGGAUGUGUGAAAACAAACUCCAAAGCCAAAAGGAGUGGCGAGGUGAUGCAGCACGCGUGGGUGGAAGGGAACUCCUCCGUCAAGUGUGACCGGUGCCACAAAAGUAUCAAGUGCUACCAGAGUGUCACCGCGCGGCACUGCGUGUGGUGCCGGAUGACGUUUCACCGCAAAUGUGAAUUAUCGACGGUGUGCGAUGGUGGGGAACUCAAAGAUCACAUUUUGCUGCCUACCGCCAUAUGCCCCGUCACCCGAGACCGGCAAGGAGGGAAGUCUGAUGGUAGUGUGGCCGCCAAGGGUGAACUUGUAACUCAGUAUAAGAUCAUCCCUAGCCCUGGGACGCAUCCCCUGCUGGUCCUGGUGAACCCCAAGAGUGGAGGAAGACAAGGAGAAAGAAUUCUUCGGAAAUUUCACUACCUGCUCAACCCCGAACAAGUUUUCAACCUGGACAAUGGGGGACCUACGCCAGGAUUGAACUUCUUUCAUGAUACCCCAGGCUUCCGUGUUCUUGCCUGUGGCGGAGAUGGGACAGUUGGCUGGAUUUUGGAUUGCAUUGAUAAGGCCAACUUCACAAAGCACCCACCCGUAGCUGUCCUGCCUCUUGGAACAGGGAAUGACCUCGCACGAUGCCUCCGCUGGGGAGGAGGUUACGAAGGGGGCAGCUUGACCAAAAUCCUGAAGGAAAUUGAACAGAGCCCCUUGGUGAUGCUGGACCGUUGGUGCCUAGAGGUCAUGCCCAGGGAAGAGGUGGAGAAUGGAGACCAGGUCCCAUACAACAUCAUGAACAACUAUUUCUCCAUUGGUGUGGAUGCUUCCAUUGCACACAGAUUCCAUAUGAUGAGAGAGAAACACCCUGAAAAAUUCAACAGCAGGAUGAAGAACAAGCUGUGGUAUUUCGAAUUUGGUACCUCAGAAACCUUUGCAGCCACCUGCAAGAAACUCCAUGACCACAUAGAGCUGGAGUGUGACGGAGUUGAGGUGGAUCUGAGCAACAUCUUCCUGGAAGGCAUCGCCAUUCUUAACAUUCCCAGCAUGUACGGAGGCACCAAUCUCUGGGGAGAAACCAAGAAGAACCGGGCUGUGAUCCGGGAAAGCAGGAAGAGCGUCACAGACCCAAAGGAGCUGAAAUGCUGUGUCCAAGACCUCAGUGACCAGCUCCUUGAAGUGGUAGGUCUAGAGGGAGCCAUGGAGAUGGGACAGAUCUACACCGGCCUGAAGAGUGCAGGCAGGAGACUGGCCCAGUGCUCCUCUGUCACCAUUAGGACUAACAAGCUUCUGCCGAUGCAAGUAGACGGAGAGCCCUGGAUGCAGCCGCAAUGCACGAUUAAAAUCACUCACAAAAACCAGGCACCUAUGAUGAUGGGGCCUCCCCAGAAGAGCAGCUUUUUUUCUCUGAGGAGGAAAAGCCGUUCAAAAGACUAAACAAUAUGCCAACACCAGCUCUACCGAGAAGGGAAAGAAGAAUCUACACACACACACACACACACACACACACACACACACACACACACCUGUAACCAGAGGAAGCCAACCCACCUUCCAGAGGAAAGUGUAAUCCUGCCAUGCAGUCUACCUGUUUUGAAAAUGGAUCCACUCUUUAACAGAGCCAAUACCCAUGAAAUAUUCCGAAUGGACUCAGGACCCACGACGAUGGGUUGGCUCAGGCAGCAACUUUCACAUUCCCACAAGCUUUGGAUAGACUUUGAGCCUGCAGGAGACAUCUCCCUUUUUCUGUGCCACACUCCUGUAAGGCUCCAGGCUGUAGGUUUCCUGCCUACAGCAAGAUCGGAUGUGGUCAAGGGAAAGAGCUCCAACCCAAAAAACUUGCACAAAAGUCCUUCUGUACAAAAACAAAACAGCCCUACAGCUCUCCAAGCAGAAUCCUUGGCAGGGCUCAGCGAGCACAGGAUGGUUUCUUUGCUGUCCUUCAAGUAACAGCUCCUCCCUGAACUUGCAGGGGAAAGCCAAGAGGCUGUGGAAAGCCGUUUCCAUUCUUGGUUCCCUCUGCUGUCCAUGGGUACUUGUUCGCUUCCUGAAGCAUCUCUUGGUGGCUGUUUUGCUUAGAGAGCAAACAAGGCUGCCCGGGGAAGCGUGCUUUAGAUGUGGUAUUUAUUUUCAUAGUUCCUAUGAACACUUGGGAGGAAGAGCUGAGAAAGUGGACUUUAUUUUUCAAAUUUGAUGUCAUAAUAUUGUGUAAAAAGGAAAGAAACAGAAAAAAAAAAAAACCCAUUCUCAGUAUUCCCCACUCCUCACUACCAUACAAGCCAAAGUGUGUCACUUUGAAUCCCAAGCCCUGAUGGCAGAGAUGAUGGGGGUAUGGGGUUGGGGGGCUUUGCUGGGAAAACCAGAAGACUGUCACGGGAUUCCCUGUUUGCACAUCUCACCCUCACAGUGUGGCAGAGGGGCCUUCUGAUGGUCUUCUCUAUGUACCUAUGUAGCGUAUAUGUUUAUAUAUAAUAUAUAAAUAUUUAUUUACUGCCAGACUUUUCCUGAUUGGAAAUAAACACAGUGUGGGAACAGAACAUGGGAAAGAAAAAAAAAAGAAGGCCCUUACUCUCCCACUGUCGUUUGCUUGUAGAGACACAUUUCUCUGGCUGGUUUCAAGGUUUACGAGAAUUAUCUACAUCUGGGGAGCAACCAUGAACAUGUGCUGUUCAAGCCUCAUUCCCCCAUUGGUUGAUAAGGAAACUGAGUUGUGGAAAAGUUAAAAGACUUCUCCAUUGUAGUGUGGAUAAGGAGGUUUGGCUGUAAAUGUUACUAAGAAGGUCACUAACAAACAGAAGAACCCGCAUCUGGGAAAAGGGUUAUUUCUUGUCACUGAGGACUGGUCGAUGUUGGAUCCAGGUUCCCAGCGAGGAACCAUCAUAUAGCCUGUGUGUGGAUGGAGCAAACCCACACUAGAAGAUGGGAGGUGGAGAAUUAGGCUAAUUUCCAAGUGCUUUAUGGCUUGUCCUACAUGGAGAGAAGUUGGCCUGAUGUUGAAGGCAUCAGACAGAUCAACUGAUUGAACUACUAUGUCAUCUCAUCAUGUCGCCAGAUCUUCUUGCCUUGGAUACCUUCCUGGGUACAUCUGUGACUUCUGUAAGAUGUUGCCAACUAGAACAGAAGAGUUUUUGGUCAUGCUCAGUGGGCUUCAGAACAGCUGGUGCCAGCGUCUUCCUCCUCUCUGGAGGGCAACUCUCCACAGCAUCAUUGGUAGAAAGCAACCGUUGCCUCAGCCCCCUGGCUCCCCUGGACCUUCAUUUCUGUCUCAAAUUUCAUAAGAGGAAAUCCAGGCCCAGUUUGACAUCACUCCACUGAGCUGCCUUCAGUCUUGCCAUAGCCAAGGAAGGGAAUAUGGAGAAUCUGUACAAGUUGAGCCCACCUCUGAAGGAGACGCUCUCAUCUAGAAUCCAGGGCUGAGACUUGGAACCCUCCUGCUCAACAAACAUGCGUCUACUGAACAAGGGAAACACUGGGCCACAUAAAGAGCAUCCUGGUGGGAUGCCUGGAGAUGUGACCAGCCAGCUCCCGAGUGACGGCAAGUACUGCUUUAGAAGACGCUUGAUUCAGAAACCGAGGCAGGUUCACCUUCAAGGUCACUGAUUCUAAGAAUUUUACAGAAAUGUUUGUAUAUGUUUCAGCUCUGAUCCCCCGAGGUCACAGACGUUGAGACAAUACUAUCAGUAGGUGACACGGAUUCCCAGAGACUCGGAGGUUAGAUGUUUCUUGAGAGACACGGCCCAGUUCUUUUCAGAGGCACAGAGUAUAAAAUGUCUUGGCAUUGCACUUCUAAUUUGUUGUUGUUUAAUCUUACCUUACAAAUCAUCUUUUAAACACCAUGGCUGUGGUUUCUUUUUGUGUAGUGCAUCAUCCAAGGGACCCCCACACCAAGCUCUAUGGUUAGCCAGCAAAGUAUUAUUAUUUCCACCCUACAGAGGAGAGGGGGGCUUAUUGGUAUUUAGCAGCUUCUUCGAGCUCCAUGGUGAAGGGAGAGCCUGCUCUCUUCUGUUUUCUCCUGCUCGGAUUCUUUCCACGCUGCAGACUUGUUCUCGCCUGCCUUCCUGCUUCCGCCCCACUAGCAAUAAAAACAAUGAAACCGGAAA